AUGCUGCUUGCUGCUGCCUCGAUGGCAUCUGCGCAGACCUGGACCGCCUGCAACCCGAUGAAGAAUACUUGCCCUGCCGAUCCUGCUCUGGGCGCUACGCUCUCCACCGACUUUACCGCCGGUGCCUCCAAGGACUGGAAGGUCACUAAUGGUGAGAUCAGCUACAACGGCCAGGGUGCUGUAUUCACCGUCGCCAAGAAGGGUGAUUCUCCUACCAUCCAGACCAACGACUACUUUUUCUUCGGUACUGCUGAGGUCAAGAUGCAGGCUGCUCCCGGUACUGGUAUCGUCAGCAGCAUUGUGUUGGAGUCUGAUGACUUAGACGAGAUCGACUGGGAGGCUCUUGGUGGUGACAACACGCAGAUCGAGACCAACUACUUCGGCAAGGACAAUACUGGCACUUACAACCGUGCCACCUAUGUCAACCUAAACUCGCCUCAGACCACCAGCUACACCUACACUGUUGACUGGCAGAAGGAUCAAAUCCAAUGGUUAAUCAACGGCAACGUGGUCCGCACUUUGCUCGCUUCCGAUGCUGGCGAAUACUUCCCUCAAACCCCAAUGACCUUGAGAAUCGGCAUCUGGGCCGGUGGCGACUCAGGCAACGCUCCGGGAACCAUCCAGUGGGCUGGCGGUGUCACCGACUACAGCAAGGGUCCUUUCACCAUGUACGUCGAGUCCGUGACCAUCAAGAACGCCAACCCUGGCAAGUCCUACACCUACUCCGACAACAGCGGUUCUGCCGACAGCAUCAAGAUUGACGGUUCUUCCUCCCCUGAUCCCACUACUUCUGCCGCCACUACCACGUCUGUCCACUCUACCACCUCCGCCCACCCUACUACCAGCGCCGAGCCUACCACCAGUGCCGGCCAUGGCACCACCACCAGCGUUCCUCCUUCCCAUACUUCCACUGCUGGCGACGGCACCACCACUGCCCCAUCUGGCACCGCCACUGGCAAGACUGGAACCCUCACCACCGUUACCUCCGCUACCCCCAGCACUGGUGUUGUUCCCGGCUCUGGCAACUCAACCACUACCCCUGGCAGCUCCCACGCUUCCUCCACCUCCACCACUGCUCCUGUCCACACUGGUGGCGCCAUCUCCAGCGUCAGCACCUCUGGCUCCCUGGUUGCUCUCUAUGGCUUCCUCGCCGCCAUGGUCGCCUACGUUCUGUAG